AGCCACGUCGCUGUAAAAUCUUCGCGUCGAGACUAAGUGCCAGAAACCCAAGUCGAUGUUGUCGUGCUAACACCAGCGAUCGUCGGAGGCUCCGAGAGAAACGUUCCCGCAAAUAAGAACGCCAGAAGGAAAGAUGACGGCACAAAUUGUGGAUGGAGUUGUGUAUUCUCCGUAUCCUGACUUCGACGUCCAGAACCGCUGCGCACCCAGGGUUAUUCGGGAGGGAUUGUCCAAGUUUGGAGAGAAAGUUGUCGCGAUCGACAACGUUCACCAGUUGACGGGCAACCAGCUGCUAAGAAGAAUACAGCGAUAUGCGCUGGGAUUUCAGCGUAGCGGGUUGAGGCCCGGAAGUUACGUGUGCGCGCACCUCUCUAACACUGUGGACAACGUAGCGGCGGUGCUCGGAGUGGUAUUCACUGGGGCCACGAUCGUCAUGGCUAAGCCUACCCUCGUCACAAGGGAGUUGCUUUAUAUAAUCAAAGACAGCGAGUGCCGGUACGUCCUCGCGGACAAGCAUGCAGCAUCAAAAGUGCUGGAAGUUCGAAAAGAUCACCGUCUUGAGAUUUAUAAAGUAAUUGAUCUCGGUGCACUAGCUGUUAAAAACAAACGGGAAAAAACUCAAUUAUGUAACGAACUGCAUUCGAUGUGGCAGCAGCUUACAUCGAGUGCAGUUUAUCGACCCUCAUUUUUGUUAAUCACCGCUCCGCCCACUCAUUCGUAUCUUUGUACAUGGCAAUUGAUCUUGCAGGAACUCUUCUGCCUGGAAGACCUGCCCGGUUUCACGGACAUCAGCCCGUUUCAAGAGCUUUCAGAGUCAUCGUUCAAGGAGUAUUCCCCUAGUAGCAACACGGAGGGCGUCAUUGCUGUUAUGUAUACAUCUGGCUCGACUGGACCUCCAAAAGGCGUCGAGGCUUCGCACAAGGCUUACGUUUCUAGUUUUGAAUCAUUUGAUUCUCUGAAGUUGAUGACUGAAGACGAUGUCUUCUUGGCUUGGAGCCCUAUCACUCACCUUUCUGGUUUUGCGGUGAACGUGUUUACAAUGUGUAUUGGCGCCACAACUAUCUUCAGAGAACCUUAUCUGCCUUAUAAAGAAUUUGUGAAGGACCUUGAAACAUACAAAGUGUCCACUCUUUUCGGACUACCCACGAAGAUGCAAGCUAUCAUUGAAGAAGUGAAGGCUACUGGAGCGAGCAUGCCACAGAUUAAGAAAGUACUCCUCGGAGGAAGCGCUAUUCAGAAGUCGCUUUGCAAAGACAUGUGCCAGGUGUUUGACAUCGAAACGAUGGCCAACAUCUACGCGCUCACUGAAGCCUUUGGGCCCGUCUGUGGGACGGCUCCUGGACACGUGACGACGGAUAACGUCGGCUUUCCGGUCGCUGGUUGCAAAGUGAAGAUUAUGGAUACUGCCAGCGGCCAAACUAUGGCCGCGUUUGAGCAUGGUGAAAUUUGGGUCCAUUGCAUCACUGCUAUGAAAGGCUACCGCGGGCGACCUGAAGACACAGCUGCUGUACUAACCGCCGACGGAUGGCUUCGCACAGGUGACAUAGGUUAUCUCGACGACGAGGGGCGUCUGUACAUUGUGGACAGGCUGAAGCAGAUGAUCAAGUGCAUGGAGAACCAGCUUGCUCCGGCGGAACUGGAAGAAAUCCUGAUGAGUCACUACGCGGUCAAGGAAGUAUCGGUAAUCGGUGUUCCCAGUGCCAAGUACGGGGAGGCCCCGGCGGCUUGCGUCGUCCUCAGAGAUGCCUACAAAGAGAAGCACAAAGCCAUUGAGGAAGAACUGAAACAGCUCGUGGCAGGUCAAACAGCAGUCUACAAACAUCUUUAUGGCGGAGUUAUUUUCAUGGACUCGCUGCCCAAGUCGGACAGUUGCAAGAUUUUAAGACAAGCGCUCAAGUCGGAGGUUGCAUCCAGACUGGCCAUGGAAAGCAACGAAUAAUAUUUAUAACAGGAAAAAGUCCAGACAGUUCAUUUUUGGCACUAUAGUGGUACCAACAAUCCGAAUACUUUUUUUUCUCAUAAUAUUCCAACAAUAAAGCGAUUUUUAGUUGU